GUGCGAAGAGCAAAAGCGCAGGCUGGCGGGCCUGGAUCUUACAGGCAUCAGGCCGCUGGAUGAUCUUAUGCAGAAGAUGAGGGACGAUGCCACUGUGAUGUUCUACAUGUUGCCAACUCUGAUGACGGCAAGAGCUCACUACCCUGAGAAGGUAGCGGAAGAGAUUUCCGCCCCUGGCUCCUUUGCGGCCAUUGAGAUUUGCUCGGGAACUGCAGGUCUGACAGCAGAGCUCAGACGACUGGGGGCCAAGCAGUCAGAGGAGCACCCACAGGGGCUGCCAUGGCUCACGCCACGAGAACGGCAGCGUGUCGACUCUGCCAAUCAGAUCUACGCAUUUGCCCUGCGGGGCGAGGAAAAACGGCUGAUGGACGCACUGCCGCCCCACAGAAGGAAAGUCUUGCAAGGGAAAAGACUUGUGCUGCUGAGAGAGAUUUUGCAGGAUGCAGGCUAUCCAGAUGUGAAGUUGGCGGAAGACAUUGCCGCUGGGUUCGAUCUUGUUGGCGAGACCGAGCGAUCAGAGGCCAUGCCGGACCACCUAUUGCCUGCAACAAUCUCGAUUGACGAGUUGUUAGACACAGCCCCUGGUGCCAACAGGGGCAUCUACCACUCCACCAAAAGCUGCGGUGAUCCUCAGGUGGACGAGCAGCUAUGGGAAAAAACGGCUAAAGAGCUGGCAGACGGUUGGCUGGUUGGCCCGUUACCCAUCAGCUCGGUGGAAUUGGAAGGGAGAUUGUCUCGCCGGUUUCCCAUCGUGCAGGGUGGGAAGGUGAGGCCUAUAGACAACUAUAGCGAGAGCCAGGUGAACGAUGCCAUUACAGUUGUCAACCGUGCCACUGUGGAUGGGACAGAUGUUCAAGCUGCUAUGGCAGCGAGCCUCAUCAGGGAGUUGGACAAAGCAGGUGCAAGCAAGUGCAUCAAAGGCAUGAGCUUUGACCUGACGUCGGCGUACAGGCAGCUGGCGGUUACCAGCUGCAAUGCGGAGCUGUCUUUUUCGACACUAUUGGACUUGCUUGGCUGGCGAUACGACAAAACGGGCGACAAGAGCGACACCAUGACUCAGGUGGUGCGGUCGCUCGGAGCCAAGAGCGCGGUGACCCGCUAUCCGAGAAUGUCAAACGCACUCUCCGUGAGGUAA